ACGAGGAGACGUGCCAGAAAAAUAGUAAGAAAUAAAUCGAAGUAUAUAAAAAGACAUCUUUGCAAUUUUAAAGACUGCGUUAUAGCCUCAGGUGUGGGGUGCUACCCGCCAAUAUUUAAACAUUUUAUUUAUUAAAUAAACCUUCUAACAAGGGAAAAUUUCAACAAAUGCCGUCGACACGUUCCGCAGGGAAAAUGACUGGAGGUAAAGAUGAAUUAAAGCAAAGCAGUGAAGGUGGCCCACCUAUUACAUCAAACACUGAGUCGCAUACAAUGAAAUCAGCCAAUGCACAUAAGGCUAUUGAAGACAGCUCCAAUAUCGUGCCUGCUCCUGCAUCCCCUGGUGCUCCUGCCGUCAUUUUAUCUGCUGCCCUGACACCUGGAGUACCUGGUGCCUCCGCCGCCAACCAACCUGCUGUACCUCGUGCCUCCGCCGCCAAAUUACCUGGUGCCCCCGCCGCCAACUUAUCUGCUGUUCCUGCUGCCACGUCACAUGAUUUGCCUGCUGUUCCUGCCGCUGCCGAACCUUAUGUGGCAGCUCCUGCUACCAAUGUUCCUAAUGUUCCAGUUUCUGCCGUCUCUGAUGGGACCGCGUUUGAUGGUCCCUCUGCUGUUAUAUCUAAUACCGCUGUAAACCAUGUUGCCGGGAAUGGCACCACAGAAUUUUCCUCAUGCGAGUCUGUCGCCCAAUCCGCUUUCUCCGUAUUGAGUUGCACCGUUGGUUCCGAUACCGCCACUGAAUUAGGCACCGCAACUCCGAUUGGAGAUAUCAAUAAGCUAGAAGAGCAGUUGAAAAUUUUAAGACUACGUCGCGAAUUGAUGGAGCUGCAAGGUCAAGUUCAACAAAUAGAAACUUAUCCGGGCGUGCGCCUAGGUAAAUAUAUACAUUUUGACGAACUCGAUGCGGCAGUUCCAAAGUUUAGUGGCGACAACCAUUACGACAUAAAUCGGUGGUUUUUGCAAUUCGAGGACUAUGCUGAUGCCAAUAAUUACAAUGAAAGACAUAGGUGUCUAGCACUACGACGAUGCAUGUCUGGGACAGCAAAAGAAUUUGUACUUAACCAAGGACUUGUUGAUUAUUCAACGUUGAAGUCGUUGCUAUGUGCAAUGUUUCGACGCAAUUGUUCGCGGCAGGAGGUUUACCGGCAGCUACGAUCACGCAAACUAAAAUCGUCAGAGUCUUGUGUUAGUUACAUUGUGGCAAUGCAGUCCAUUGCCGCCCAGUCGGAAAUACCAGAGCAGGAGCUAGUUGAUAUAGUAAUAGAUGGCAUACCUGACAACAGUAACAACAUAAGUAUCCUGUAUGGCGCUAAUACAGUGAGUGAAUUAGUAAGGCGAAUGGAACGCUACGAACAGCGUCGCCAGAAUAUUGCAUUGCGUAAACCGUCGGCCACUGUUGUUUCACGCACGGAAGCAAAGUCGACCGUCACCGAAGAUCUCUCAACAGUGCGCUGCUUCAACUGUUCGCGAUUCGGUCACUAUCAGAGCAGCUGUCCAAAGCCACAACGACCAGUAGGUUCCUGCUUCAUCUGUCACCAGCUCGGACACAUGCAUCGGAAUUGCCCGAAGAAGAAGAGCCAACCCACUCAUGUUGCAGCUAUUUCCGCGGAGGACUAUAAUUACUUAGAAACUAGGCAAGAGUUUGAUUAAUAUAAUGCAAAAAUCCGUUGCUGAAAGAUUUUUAAAACUGUCGCCUACUGCGAUACCUACAAAAUUU